AAUUUCUGUCGUCUGCACUGGCACUCUGUCUAGCGACUAGCUAUAUGCUAGAUGUUGUUUCUGUUUGGAUACUAUAACAAUAACAAUACGAAUUUACGAGAUACAAUACAACAAUUAUUACGAUUUAUUCACGACUCAAGAGAGACUACGGACUGGGCUGUAAGACAACAUUAAAUCAAACACAUAGCCUAUUUAAGUAAAUUAUAGUAUACGUUAAGGGAGAUGUAAAAUUAUUUUUUAUUCAUUAUAGUGGCUUAUAAAAGUGUAGCAGUGCUGAACUUUCCAUCUCGAGUCUACAUAUUUGGACAAUGUCAAUGUCUAUUAAAAUGUCUUUAACGUAGCUUUUUUGUCCAUAAAGAGGCAUGGACUUCAAAACUUAGUCUAUUCGACGUUCUCCUAUUCUAUUCCUCUUCUUAUAUUCUGAUUAACUGUUGUAGCAAGUUAAAGACAAGAAUUAAAGUUUCAUUAGGACCUAGUUGUAGGUAGCAAUGACCUCAUCCAGAGAAUCUCCUGCAUCUGAAGUGCCUUCAGACAAUGGAUUAGGAACGCUUUCCAUGAGAGAUAAAUCCUUAUUGAAAAGGAAUAUCAACAGGCAUCACAAUAAUAACAUGAGUGCUGGUUAUGUUCCUGUACAUGAAGAGGAUCUUCAUAAAACUGGACUGAGAGGAAGAAAAACCUAUCUCUUUUGGACCAUAAUAGUAAUACUCUGUGUUCUUGCAUUUGCCAAUUUUAUAUUACUUUUAAUCAUUCUCAGUGUUUUACGAAUAGGAUUAGGAAUGGAGAGUUUGGAGAUUAUUCCUGAACAUUCAUUAAUCAAGUUUUAUGGGAACACAGAUCUUGGAUGGAUUUUCAAAAGAGAUGGUAUUAUAGAAAGCUUUAGCGACAAACCUUUGAUAAUAACAGGAGAUAGAAGUCAAUUGUCCAUUGACCUUGUUGCUCCAGAGUUCAAAAUGCAGCAUAAGGUGAUGAUGUUGGAUGAAGAUCAAGUGCUUUUUCAAAACGUUCAGUCCUUUCAUGUAAAGGAUAAACAUACUAAGAGUGAUAUUUUCUCCUCCUCAAAUCCAAAUUUUGGACUUCCUACAGGUGUUAGAAAUUUACACGUAAAUUUUGCCAACACCCCAAGAAUAUCUAGUCCAGUUAAUGAAAAUUUAAACAUAAGAUCAGAUUCAUAUAUAAGGUUUAAAGGAAAUGAAGGCACAAGGAUGGAAGGUAAACAUAUUUUGUGGUCAGCAGAUCAAUUUUUGUUCCUGAAAAGUGUUAAUGGUAGCAUUAUUCUCAAUGGCACAAAGGGAGUGACCCUAGAUUUGAGUCAGAUGCCAGAAGCUGCUAAUGGUAAUACAGGUUUACCUUUUGUAAGUCAGUUUAAGGUGUGUGUUUGCAUGCCUUCGGGUAAAUUAUUUAGGGUCGCUGUUCACCCAGGCCAAAGCUCACAUUCUGCUUGCAACAGAGCAAAUAUGGUUCCACACAUUGACCCAUGUAAAUUCUAAGACACUUGGGCAAUAAAUGAAAAUACAAAGCAUGCAAUUCGUUAGCAGCUAGAUAGUACUAGGGGUUGCUAAUCUCUGCUUGAAUGUUGUGCCACUGUAACCCAUGACCAGAGCCUUAAGUAACAUUCGUCAACAAGUAAACUGAAACUUUCAUGUGGUAACUUUGCACAAACCUCAGUUUGCACUACCGUAUUAAUUUUGUCAUUUACAUGUGCACUAGUAUCAUAAUUUACUAGCUACUAAUCAGCCUACUACCUUUAUUUAUUUUUUUGCAAUGUUGAAAACAAACUCUUGGAUAGAGUUCUUGCAUGACAAUACAAAACACACAACUUUCAUUAACCUGCUUUAGAAGAUGAAACAUAUUAAUAAUAACAAACAACUGUUAAUUUAGGAUGAAAAUAUGAUGAAAAAAUUUAACUGGGCCCUGCAUUACUAAGAAUAAUUUUGUAGCUCGGGCCACUCUGGGAUUCCUGUUAUUGUGUAAGGAAUGUCACGGGAUGUUACUGGUGUGUCUUCCUUCAUUUGACCUACACGUAUCCAAAGUCUAACAAAAACCAUUUGCUUUGUUUUGCCCUUGUUUUAUUUUGAACACUAAUAUUAAUACUUUUGUUGCAGACUACUACUGCACUAAAAAGUAUUAUAUACAUUGUAAAAGUAUUGUAAGUAGCCUACAUUGUAAAAGUAUUAUGUACAUUGUAAAAAGUAUUAUUUGCAUUGAUUAUUUUGGCGACAGAAUAUCACAAUUUAUAAAUAGUUAGCCCUGGGCUCUGGUGUAAAUUUUAUAGGCUGUGGUUUCUAUAUCAAAAUUGUGAAUAAAAUAAACCCAUACUGUAUAUUGCAAUGUUUGCAAAUAAAUGAACUUUUGAAGUUAUUGAGACUUGGCAAAAAAAUAUUUCAAUCAGGUUUUUACUUUUUAGCAAACCUAGUUAGGCUAUUGCAAAGUUAACAAGUAUGUAAUAAGUUCAUAGGCCUACUUAUUAUUGUUUUCAAGAAUUAGUUUUAGUUAGAUUGAUGUCUCUAAGUUGUGCUGCUAUUGGUGUUUUGUAUUGCUCAAAGUGCAAUUUUUGUGGUAGUCAGCCAUACACAAAUCUAGUCAAAAGUGUUGUAGAAUAGAAGCUUGCAGUGUGUGUUACUGGCUCCUAAAUAAACUAAUAAUAAUUUAUUACAAGAUAGCCAAAGAUUGUUGUGACUUUGCCAGAUUAUUGUAUUGUAUUGUAAUUAGAAUGAAGAUAAUACUAAAAUGGCAAUAUACUUACCUUAAUAAAGAUUUUUGUUUAGCCUA